AAUUUGUAUCCGCACCUGCGCACUACCAACUUCCUUCCUUUCGCCGAGGUGACUUUACCUCACCGAAACAAGAAGGGCCAAAUGAUACCACAGUAAUUUAUCGUGGAGAAGAUUCAUUUAGAGAUCACCCAGCAUGGCAUUUCGUUUCCAGAAAUUAAUUUUAAAUUUUCGACCAGGUUAUAAUGGAGCGAGGCUGUUAGACCCCAGUAAAGCUCAAUCCGCAGUCGGCGCUGGUGCAGUGCAAGUUGCAAACUUGACGUCUUCUCAAAGUCAUGGAAACGAAAUUCAGCGGGCGAAGCCUUGGCCAUAUGAAACCAGGCGAUAUAAUCAGUACUGGCAGUUUAUUGAUCACACCAGGAAGCGAUUUAAUGACAAUUCGAAGGUGAUCGUUGUUGAUGGAAAUGUAGCGACUGGAAAGUCGGAGUUUGCAAAAAAACUUGCAACCGAAUUCGACAUGAAAUAUUUCCCCAGAUCCCCUCGACAGCAGGAUAUAUUUGUCCGAUUCAGGGUGGAUUACCGAGACCCUGAACGAGCGCCUGCCACCGGAGCCCGGAGUCUGGAUAUAGCAACGUUCCACAUGCAGAACGUACACCCAACUACACUGAAAACUAUUGGCAGAACCCAGCUGGCGAUCUACAGACAUCGAUUUCUCAACUAUGUCAAUGCUCUAGAGCACUUGCUCAACACUGGUAAAUACGGGCCAUGGCCCAUGUCAACUUAUAACACAUUGAGGAAACUUGGCUACAUGACAGCAAAUGGCUACAGAUACUAUCAGCAGUGGCGAGACAACACGAUAUGUGAACUAUGGAAACCACAUCUAGUGCUGUACCUGGACGCUCCGGUCAGUGAGGUCCAACAACGCAUCAACAAACGUGGGCAGGUAUGUACACGACACAGUUGACACAGUUAACGGGGA